CUAGGGGAAAAAACAACUCAAGCUGAAAUAGACGUUUUACCUUUACCUUUAUUUCUUGGCUAAGAAAGUCCUAUGAUAUUAAUGGAUCGCCUUAUAUCGACAAGUAACAUUAAGGCACACACAUUGACCAAUCACUGCUUAGCAGUGGAAAAUUCUUUUUGAAUAAUCCUUGCUCUCCCAGCCAAUCAGAAGAGGAGGAGGUAGCUAUAAAUAAUAUUGUCCAAUCCCUGUUUAGCCCGGGAAAUUCUAUUUUAAAAUCCUGCAGCUCUCAGCCAACCAGAAGAGGGAUAGAGGCUAUAAAUUCCCAUCAGCGUCUUGCGAGAGUUCAUUUACUUUUAAACUCGUGGCUUUGGAUCUUUAGUUGUCUGUCUCCAAAGAGAGGAUGGCAAGAACCAAGCAGACGGCUCGCAAGUCCACCGGCGGGAAGGCGCCUCGCAAGCAGCUGGCGACGAAAGCAGCCCGUAAGAGCGCGCCGGCCACUGGGGGCGUGAAGAAGCCUCACCGCUACCGCCCGGGCACCGUGGCCCUGCGGGAGAUCCGGCGCUACCAGAAGUCGACGGAGCUGCUGAUCCGGAAGCUGCCCUUCCAGCGCCUGGUGCGGGAGAUCGCGCAGGACUUCAAGACGGACCUGCGCUUCCAGAGCUCGGCCGUGAUGGCGCUGCAGGAGGCGAGCGAGGCCUACCUGGUGGGGCUCUUCGAGGACACCAACCUCUGCGCCAUCCACGCCAAGCGCGUCACCAUCAUGCCCAAGGACAUCCAGCUCGCCCGGCGCAUCCGCGGGGAGAGGGCUUGAGACCGCAAGGUUAUGCCGCUCCACCCCCCCCCCUUUCACAACGACCCAAAGGCUCUUUUCAGGGCCAGCACAACGUCCAAAAGAGCUGGGACACC